CUUCUAUAUAUAAAACCAUUUAAAUUGGGUUUUACGUGUUCUAAAUUUAGAUUUUGUUUUGCUAUUACGUCGUAAAUCAGGAAGUGUCCGGUUUGAAUGUGUAAAGAACACCGCUACUGGACUGCUGGUGAUUCUGGAAAUGGAGCUGAGCAUCAUUAAUGGUCCCAAAUUAGUUGUGGCUCUGGAUAUUGGCAGUACCUAUUCUGGUUAUGCUUGGCAAGAGAGAGCGGAAUUCGAAACUAAUAGAAGUGAAAUUCACUUCAAUACGAGUUGGGGAGCAGGUGCUCUGCAGCUUCACAAAACAACAACAUGUAUCCUGCUAGAAUGUCAAAAGAAUGAGGAGGGAGCCGUUGACCAAAAACAAGAAAAUCUCAGUCUCUCGCAGUCACUUAGUGGUAUCAAAGUAAACAUAAAUGAUGAAAUAAAGACAAAAAUUGGACAUGAAGCUGAGAGAAUUUACAGUGGAUUGGCGAAACAGAAACAAGAUGCGCACGAGCUUGCCGGGCAGUACUAAUUCUUCAAAAGAUUUAAAUUACUGCUUUACAAUCAGGGAUUCCAUCGUGAGCUGUUAGUAGAGGACCAGAUUGGACAACAGUUGCCCUUAUUUGAUGUAAUGUCACUGUUCAUCAAAACUUUGAAAGAUCAUUGCCUGAAGAAACUGAAGACAAAUGGUGUAAACGUUGAACUCAGCAAGACUCUUUUUGUAGUCACUGUUCCGGCAAUAUGGUCUGAUGAAGCUAAGAAGUUUAUGAGGGACGCCGCAGUUGAGGCUGGUAUUGGUAAACGAAAUGUUUUGUUGGCCCUUGAACCUGAAGCAGCAGCUAUUUAUUGCUUGCAUUUACCUGAAGGACAAAGAAAAGAAAUGAAUGACCUCGGGAUGAAAGGACAGAAGUUUCUUGUUGCAGACUUAGGCGGUGGGACAGCGGACUUAUCCGCAGUUGAAGUAGAAGAAACAGGGCUACUAAAGGAAAUUUGUCCACCACUAGGCGAUCCAGUAGGAGGGCAAAAGAUCAGUGAGGCAUUUCUGCAAGUUUGUCAUGACAACUUUGAGGGAGAUGGAUGGAAAGAGACGUUCAAUCCAAUAAAGCAACCCCAGUUGAAAUGUUGAAGAUGGAAGCAGAUUUUGAAAGGAAGAAAGUGACUAUCGGUUCAGAAGAUCCGGAUGGAGAGAUGAUUGAACUUGAAGUUCCAGCACAGGUGCGUGAUAAACUGGAAGAUAAAACAAUACGAUUGAAGGAAAAUAACUACCUUUCAUUUCAGGACAGAGAAUUAAUGUUUAAUUCAGCUCUGAUUCGUGACAACCUGUUCAAGGAAACAUGCCAAGUAGUGUAUACAACCAUUGGAAAAGUGCUUAACAGAGAAGAAGUAAAUGGAUUGAAAACGGUUGUACUUGUUGGUGGUUUUGCGGAGUCACCGAUCGUGAUCGAAAACAUUCGGAAAAUGAUUGCUAACGACUUCCCAGAAAUCAAAGUUGUUGUGCCAUCUUCACCCUUCAAAGCUGUCUUGAAAGGAGCAGUGCUCUUUGGGCAAGACCCCAUGAUAUUCAAAAGUCGUAUAAGUAGAGAAACAUUCGGAAUUAAGACGAAUUUGUCAUUUGAUCCGAAAAGACAUGACGAGACGAAGAAAUGGAGAAAUAAGGAGACGGGAAAAGACAUUUGCAAAGAUAUUUUCGACGUACAUGUACGUAAGGGUCAAUCUGUUGUGCUUGGCAACAGACAGCCAGUACAGAGUUACUUUCCCGUGUAUAGAAAGCAAACGAAACUUGGGCUUCCUAUCUUUACGUCCACCUCGCUGAAUCCGAAGUACACAACUGAAGACGGCUGUAAACAGUUAGCCAAAAUUUCAGUUGAUAUUCCAGAUACAAAAGGCAGUACUGAAAAAGAAGUCGAAGUGACCAUGAUUUAUGGUGGAACAGAAUUGUCUGUUAUUGCAACAGACAAGGCAUCUGGGAAGGAAUAUAAUACAGACAUCAAAUUCGGUAAUAUUUAACCUGAAUUAUACGGACUGUAAAGGUUUGAUGAGACUAUUGUAUAACUACCGUAAACAGAUUCAUGUAAAAUAGUGGUUUACUCUCUUAAAUGAAUUAAGAAUAAAGAAUUUCAGACUUAAUGGACCAUUGAGAUCCGGUUUGUUGAAAAGGAAAAAAGACAGCAUCAGGAAUGAAUAUGAAAGACGUUCUGUACAGGAUUUAGUAUCAAGUAUAAAUCUAUAUUGCCUAUAUAGAAUAUGUUUUUAUGGUCAAAUAAAAAUAAAUCAAGUUUUAGUGUUUUUUAAACUAAAACUCUUUCAUGCGAAUAAAAACAAAAGAAAUAAAGCUACAGUCUGGCAUGUACGAUGUUUGACUUAGCAAAUAUACUCCAAAAGUACAUCAUAUUAUUAGAAUGAAUUAACUUUAUCAAACAUGUCCAUGCCUGCUUCUCGUUCUUUGCGGAAAUGUAUUGUUCGUAUUCUGAUCAACGUUUGAAUAUUUAUAGAAUUGCAGAUUAUUUUUCUCGGCGGUUCUCCCUGCCUAUUAUGAUUUUAUUCAUUGAUCAGUACAUUAGUUUUAUCAUGAUCAGUUUUGUUUAGUUUUUUAUGGUUAAGGACGGAAAAUCAUGUCAAAUAUUUGUCAUUUUAAAAAUGAUUUAUCACUUUUAGUCGUAUAACGGAAGUAUACUUAUUUUAUAAAAUAAGAUAUGCCCUUCAAUGUGAUCAUAAUUGUACUGACAUGGAUAUUUCAUAAAACAGUAUCUCUAAAAACGAUAGCGAUACUGGGUUGAUAGCAAGAGCCGAGCGCGAAACUGUUGUAUCUUGUUCUUUAUUCAUAUACAGUUACAAUAGUUUCGCGCUCAGCCCACGAUAUACGGGUAGCAACAAUCUUUCAUUUGAACCCUUAUUUAGGUUUGAACUCUUUCUGGAAGUACUACGUGUCUGUGCCAAAUAUUGUUGUUGGCGGCUAAUAUAUGCAAAGAAAAUAAGACAUUUGCCAAUGUAGUAAUUCUUUAACAAUGAGUAGCAGGAAUUCAGUUCGGUAUAAAACAAUAAUACAAAACUGAACAAGAAUCCUUCUGAAAGAUGGCAAGAUGUAAUGUUGUUGUAUAAUUGUACUGAAACAAAGCUGAAACAAGUUGAUUGUUGGAGCUGAGCAUACCUGACCCGAAAUGUCAUCUUUGUGGUGUUUGACCAAAAGGGACAUACCACAGUUCAUGUUAGUUUGCUGUAUUGUCUUGGAAUAUUGCGUUAAAUGGAACUUUAACUACAUAUGACAUUAAAUUACAUAAACUGUUCUGUGAUGGCUGUAAUGGUUAUUGUUCUUUUAAAUAGUUAAAAUACAAUAUUGUAUACAUACAACUAAAAUGUUUUAAUUUGAUAUAGGCGUGUAUAGAUAAUUAUAUUACUCUAUGUAAAGCAAUAAUCAAUGUACAAGAGCAGUGCCUUCGGGAGACAACUCUUGUCUGUAAGAGCUUAUCGAAAGGCAAUAUGCAAGAAAAAAUACAGCAUUCUUGCAGUGGUCUUCUUUCUCACCUAUUGAUGACGAAAGACUGUAUAUAGCUUUAAAGCUACAGUAUUCAAGACUAGUGAUUUUGAACAAAAAUGAAUAACAAAGGAAUACCAAUUUUCUAAGAUAAAAUGUAUCAUAAUUCUGACAAAAUGAAAGAACGAGUUAAUGGUUUUGGUCUACAUACUCAUCUAAUGAUGAUAAACGAGAUUUUAAAGUUUCAAAGAUGUUACCCUGAUACCAUUUAAGUAAACUGGACCUUAACAAGAAGUAAACAAAGGCUUUCUAUUUUUUAAGUAAAAAAGGGCCAUAAUUCUGAUGAAAAGGAAAUGCGUGUUAGGACAAACUUAGGAUUCUUAGUCAACAGGUCCAUCAAAUGAUGAUUCUGAAGUCUGCAAAUUUUCAAAGCUAUAGUUUAUAUAUUAUUCAAGAGAAAUGGCCCUUUACAAAAACUGUAACAAAGAACUUUAAAUUUUCUAAGGACUUAAAUGAUUAUUAGUCCAUCAUAGUACAGGUAAGAGUUAUGGUUCUUGACCUAUUUGUUUAUCGUAUAUUGAUUAAAAAGUGCAAAGUUUCAAAGAUGCAUCUCUUAUAGUUUUGGAGAAAAAAGAAUCUAAACAAAAAAUUUAACCAAUACCGACAAUACUUGUAGAUAAUUUUCCAAGAUCAGACGCGCUAAAUAUCAGGCAGUUGAUCAAUAAAAUUUAUUUAUCAGGCAUCUCAAGCUUCUAUGAUAACCAUGACUGAAUGUCAGCCCCGACAUUUUGUCUAUAGAAUACGUCACUGAACAGUGAUAAGGGGAGGCUACAAUUAUUAGGAGCCUACUAAAUCGAAAAUGAAACUAAGUUAUUGGCCAACACAGAAUAAAGGGCAAGAGUUUAAUUCAUGUUUUAUAUUUUUACAUUUUUGUAGAACGGUUAAUAUUUAAGUUCUCAUUCACCGUAACCGCUCUUGGUUCAAAAUCUCGAUUUGGUUGCAGAAUAAUUCCAUGCUAGAUAUUACGGAAGGUCGGUAGUUCUACCCAGGUACCAGCUUGUGCCUGAACUAAUACCCGUAUAGGCACCCGAGUCCUUGCUAACCCAUUAAGAACUUGAAAGUCGCCAUAUGACCUAUAAUUGUUUGGUGUGACGUUAAACCAAACAAAAAUAAAAUAAAGUUCACAUCUUUAUCUUAAGCACAAGUUGUAAAAACUGAACAUACUUUGGACAAGUUUAAAAUGACUGAAUCCUCUGAAUUCAAUGUGUACCUCCUAUUUUGAUAAAGACUUAAGUUUAAGAGACGUUUAUUAUAUUGCGGAAACUGAGGAUCGAAAUAAAUCAAAUGGUAUAGCCCGCCUUUCGUUUGAGGAAGAAACAUGGGAUAAAUUAAAUGAGCCACGCCAUGAGAAAACCAACAUAGUGGGUUUGCGACCAGCAUGGAUCCAGACCAGCCUGCGCAUCCGCGCAGUCUGGUCAGGAUCCAUGCUGUUCGCUAACAGUUUCUCCAAUUCCAAUAGGCUUUAAAAGCGAACAGCAUGGAGCCUGACCAGACUGCGCGGAUGCGCAGGCUGGUCUGGAUCCAUGCUGGUCGCAUACCCACUAUGUUGGUUUUCUCAUGGCACGGCUCAUAUGGUGUAGGAAAACUGUCAUUUAAGGAUGAAGCAUGUGGCUGAGCUUUAAACCUCAUAUUGUGUCCUUGUUAAUGUUCACCUUCAUUUCUUAAUUAACAUUUUAAUAGAUAUCUAGCAGUUAAAGACGAAGUAACGAUUUUUAAAUUGAAGAUCGUUACUGUUUGUAACCUUAAGCGCACAUAUCCUAAAAAUAUGCCAUUUUAUGAAGAGUAGGAAAUAAAAAUUUAAACUUUGACACUCUCUUAUGCAUCAGGGCACGUAAUUGGAAUAGCACAAAUGUAUCAACAAAGUAUCGACAUUUUGACUUGUUUACUCCUACUACCACAAGGGUACACACUUAUGUCAUCAAAAGGCACUGGAGUAUUAUAUUCGUUUAUUUCAAAAAAAAUUAUGGUAAAAUUGAUACUGGGUUUUGUAUAUGCAUAAACGAGAUCAAAUAAACACAGGUAUGGAACAAAACAUGUGUUUAAAAUAAACUAAAACAUUGUUACAAUAAAGUAAAUUGUUUAUACAUCAUGUUCAAAUCAAUGUGUUCAUGUGUACACUUAUAGGUCUGAAACCUUACUGUUCUACCUUAUGUAUCAACGUGGUGCAAAUCCAAGGCUGCCUCUUUAAGUAACUUUAAUAUAGAGCAAUCAAUGAAAUGGCUAUCUAAAACCUGACUUGAGAACAUUUUCUGUACUUUCUCGUUUAUAAAUGUUUAAUGCUUUUAUGCAUGGUGUUUUUGAACAAAAAUUGUUUUUCUUAUGUAUAUAUUAUUAUUUUGCUUUUAUAAUUAGUAACUGCAAGUUAUUGUGUACAUUUCUUAGAAAUGUAUGUAUGAUAUUUUUGCUUUUAUAAUUACAUUUCUAUCUACCAUAUUCAAUUUACAGUAUUUUGAAUUAAACAAAUAUAUUUUU